CAUAUUUCUCACAACUUCCUCCAAUUUGAAAACCAUAUAAAAACCAUCUCUUCUAACAUUCCUUCGACCAACCUCAUCACAAGCAAGCUUUGAAAAUAAUGAAGAAAGUAGUGGUGAAGAUGGACUUGCAUGAUGAUAAGAUCAAGAGAAAAGCUAUGAAGACAGCAUCUGGCCUUUCUGGGAUUGAAUCAGUUUCUGUUGACUUGAAAGACAUGAAAUUGGUGCUGUUGGGUGAGAUUGAUCCAGUGAGUGCAGUGUCAAAGCUAAGAAAAUGGUGUCACACUGAGUUAGUUUCAGUUGGACCAGCAAAAGAGGAGAAAGAGAAAGAGAAGGUGGAUCCACCAAAAGUACUUGUUCCUGUUAAUUAUGAAAACUAUCCCUUCUAUUAUUAUCCUUAUCAUAUGGUACCACCACUGUAUAAUUAAAAUUAAUUAUUACAUUACAUGUUUUUAAGAGAAUCUUAUUUAUAUAUGUAGGCAAUUAAAUUUUAGAAUAUUAGAAAGUUCGAUGGAAAGUGAGUGAUCUUUUUUGUUGUUGUUGGUUUUAUUCAUAAUUUUUGUGGUCUAGUGGAGUGAAGACCAUUGUGUUUCCAAGGGUGUAAAAUGUAGUACUGUAAUUAGUGUGGUAUUGGACUCUGUCAUUUUGUAACAAAUUUUUGAUGUGUUGCUCAUCAUGAAUAAGAUUGAAGCACAAAAUCUUUUCUUUUUAAGACU